AUUUCCACAGCGCGCGAGGAAAGGCGAAGGCUCCGUCGUGAGCACACGCAGCAGGAGCACAGAAGACUUCCAGAAGAAGCUCGUGACACGAAAGAGAGCAGAAGGAGAGGAUGAAGAGAGGGAAGGACUAGUCAGAGCUCGCUUCGGCCGCUCCGCCCACUCUCGAAACAAAGUUGCCGCCUUUAGCCCAUCGUACACUCAACAUUUGGCUCAAUAUCCCCACACAGCAGCCGCUGCCGGCAUUCCCUUUCACCAUUUGUAGGAACUUGUUCUGUAUAUCUUGUCUUUCUCCACCAAAAUCCCUUUUCAAUUCUCCUCUGUAAUGGAGGAAGCCGAGUCUUCUUGCCAAAGUGCGAUGCAGACAUUGAAACCUUCCACGACCUCAACCUCCUCUUCUCCACCUCUCAAUUUACCCAAUCGAUUAGAUAUUCCUUGUUUUCAGUCGCCAGCCGGAGGCCGCGUAUUUUACCGCCAGUGCCCACCCACUCUCAAUUCUGACGUCGCCAAGCGCCCCGGCAUUCCUCCAGUUCACCCCCUCUUGCCUCCAACCUCCCCUUACUCUCAGAUGCCGCCAAAUUUCAACCCUUCGCCUUCCCAUUCCAACUCCAUCUGUCAGCCUUCCUUCUUAUCUCCAGAAUUUCUGCCGUCUCUUACUUCUUUUCCUUUCCCCGAUCCUGCGUCAUCGGCUGUCCCGGGGCUUUCACUCUCCGACCCGGCGACGUCCGGCGAUGUGAACAUGGGUGACAGUUCCGCUCCUCAAACCCCGGUCCAGCUCCAUCGGACUAUCGCUGACGGAAUCCCGCAGCGCAAAGCGCAUCGGCGAUCCCUGAGCGACAUCCCUUUCGCAUUCUUCCAGUCAUCUUCUCCGAUUUCCGGGCUUCCGCCGCUGCCGCAACAUUUGCCGGUGGCUAGAGAGAGCUUUACGCUUGGAUCUGUGAAGCAUCGGUCUCAAUUCGUGAAACAAGAGUCCGAAUGCGAUCGAGAGGGUGAUAAUGACCCAAAAUCCGAAGGACAUGCAGGAGAUGAUCUUAUUAGCGCUUAUAUGAAUCUGGAUAGUCUGGAUACUCUCAAUUCUUCAGGUACUGACGAUAGGAAUGACAUGGAUAGCAGGGCUAGUGGCUCCAAGACUACUGGCGCGGAAAGCAGUGAGAAUGAAGCUGAGAGUGAGAGUAGUAUGAAUGAGGGUUUGAGUAGAAUGGGGAAGAGGAAGGAUAGGAACAAGCGAAGUGCAGUUGGUGAUCCAGCUAUGAACCAUAUGGCUCCUAGGCAUUCUAGGAGUGUUUCCAUGGAUAGCUUUAUGGGCAACUUGAAUUUUGGUGACCAGCUUCCAAAGCCGCCACCUUCUCCUGGCUCCAGGUCUGCUCAGCAUUCCCGUAAUGGAUCAGUGGAUGGGAUUACAGGCACAUUCAGCUUGGAAUUCGGAAAUGGUGAAUUUACUGGCGCUGAGCUUAAGAAAAUCAUGGCUAACGAAAAGCUUUCUGAAAUAGCAAUGAGUGAUCCUAAAAGAGCUAAGAGGAUAUUAGCCAAUCGCCAAUCUGCUGCUCGUUCCAAGGAACGGAAGAUGCGCUAUAUCACAGAGUUGGAGCACAAGGUGCAAACUCUACAGACAGAAGCAACCACAUUGUCGGCACAGCUGACUGUGUUACAGAGGGACUCAGCUGGACUCACUUCUCAGAAUAGUCAUUUGAAGUUUAGGUUGCAAGCCAUGGAGCAACAAGCACAACUGAGAGAUGCCUUGAAUGAAGCACUUUCUGCGGAGGUUCAGCGUCUGAAACUUGCUAAUGGGGAGCCCAUCUCUGCCAGCUUAAGCCAGCAAAUCCAGCUGAAUCCUCAAAUGUUCCAACUGCAGCAGCAAAAUGCUGAUGUUGCCGACCAGGAAAUGAAGCUGUGAGCUUGAAGGCCUUCUAACACCAAAUAUUUUCCUAAUUGCGAGGAAAUCAUAAGGUUCCAUAUAUAUUCUUUUAUGAAAGCUCCUAUAUUAGAACUAUAAUUUAUCUUACUAUACUAUACAUAUGAAUAAAAGAGCAGCUUAAUGCUAUGCAAAAGACUUUGAUUUAAAUUUCUCCAUGAGACAAUUUUUUUAUUUAAUUUUCAGAAGUCUUAAUAGAAAUAAAAAUGUAUCUUUGGUAGGUGACUGUGUAUCAGAUCACUGCGACAAAUGCAGCGACAAAG